CGUAAACAAAUCGCAGCUGAUGAGCGAAGUGAUCAAAAGAAAAAGAAAAAAAUAGAAUUUAUUCAAUUUUCAUCAUUCGUGACUUGUCUUUGGUCUCAUGUAGACCCCCUCCGCGUCGCCAAGUAUUCAGAAUUUCUUCUUUUUGUAACCAAAUCACUGCCAUGGACAACAACAAAUUUUGCUUCGUCGACCCGAUUCACGGCAAAGUCGAGUAUCCUGGAUAUGUCAAGCAACUCAUUUGCACGGAAGAAUUUCAAAGAUUGCGAAAUUUGAAGCAACUUGGAUCCAGUUCGCGGGUGUUUUUUGGAGCAACUCACACGAGAUUUGAACAUUGUUUGGGCGUCUGUUAUUUGUCACUGAAAUUGAUGAAAACGCUCGAACAGAACUCGGGCGUGACAAUAAGUGACAUUCAUCGGAAAUGUGUUGCUAUUGCGGGAUUAUUUCACGAUCUUGGGCACGGACCAUUUAGUCAUAUGUGGGAAGAUUACGUACAUGCUGUGAAUCCAUCAGAGGAAUGGAGUCACGAGCAAACUUCCGGCGACUUGGUCAAACAUUUCUUCGCCAAAUACGAUCACAUCCGUCUCUCGGAGGAACGUCUGGAGCAUCUUUAUGGCAUCGAGCUUAUCCAAAAUCUCAUCAUCGGCGAUUUGGAUCAUCUAAAAACCCUCCUCACGCCCGAUUUAAUGUACUUAACGGAAAUUGUCGCGAACAAAGCCACAAGUAUCGACGUCGACAAGCAAGAUUACAUCCUCCGCGACGCUUAUUACCUUCGCGGCAACAUCCGAAUCCUCGAUUUUGCCGGAUUUUUCGAUCGAUGCCGCAUUACCAAAGAUUUAAAUGAUGUCGCGCACAUCAGUUAUCACAUCGACGAUUAUCAGCUACUCUCCAACAUGUUCGAAAAUCGUGCGUCGCUUCAUAUUUUCUGCUAUCAGGAACCUCAAGUGCGCGGAAUUGAGCAAAUGUUGAUCGACGUCUUGAUGUUGGCGGAAGAAGCGGGAUUCACGAUCAAAGGCAUGAAACCGAGUGAGUUGCAUAAAGAUCUCGAAAAGUGGCUUUUGCUCACGGAUAGCGUCACGAUGUUGAUUCAAGCGAGUGACGACCCCAAAAUGCACGAGGCGCAAAAAUUGUUGAAGCGACUCAAUGCGGGGGAUUUUUACAAAUUGGUUUGGAUGUCGCCGACACCCUUGAAUGUCACCGCAAUUGCCGAAAAAUUUGGACCGCAUUUCUUCCAAGUACAAAAACGCAUACCUCUCAGUUCGGUGUUCAUGACGAAAAAUAUCAUUUUUCACGACGACGAUGGACAACGAGUUGCGCCGCCCGUGGAAAAACUCCCGAAACGCUGCGCUUACUACGAAGAGUAUUUAAUUUUUGCAAAAGACACGCAAGAAGCUGACGAAGUAAACGGCUUGAGUGAAAGCGUGAACAACCUUUCGCUGAAUUCGAACUCGAAAGAGUAGAAAAUCGUACCUCAAACUAAAAAAAUAUUAAAAAAAAAAUUAAUAUAUUUUUUUAAUAAUUAAUCAAUAAUUAUUUAUCUAUGUAUAAGUUAGGUAAAUAUUUAAGUUCUGUCGCUAUUCAUUUGAAAAAAAAAUGAAAAAGGGUUGCAAUUUUUGCCUUUAAAGAGCAAAUUAGAUAUAAAAGAAAAGUCGUUUAUAUUUUAGUUUUUAAUGGUUUGUCGUUAUUCGAUUUAAUAAAUAAAA